AUGGUAUUCACUGAUGGUCUUAGAGUGUGUACUAAAUAUCAAAGCCGAACACGCAUCAUUUCGGGUGAACUUAAGUUUUUAAACUUCAAUUUGAAAACUACUCCACAUUACAACUCAAACGUUCUUUGGAGCCUAGUUGUUUUGUAUAAGCGCGUCAUCUGUGAACUUUGUACUGUACUCCCUGAUGAAUCACAUUACACACUAACAACCAAUAGUUUUCGAAGAUAA